AAACCACCUCCGGAGCCCCCGAGCUCCGGGCGGGCGCGAUGGGCGCCCUUUGGCUGCGGGACGAGAAGAGGAUGCUGGGAAGGAGGUAAAAUGGCCACCGGUGGCGGCGCGGAGGAGGAGAGGAUGCGGGGACGGCCGCAGCUCCUGCCCCCGGCGCGGCCCGGGGCCCCGGGCGAGGAGGCCGAGGGCACCCGUGAGAAGAUGGGCUGGGCCCAGGUGGUGAAGAACCUGGCCGAGAAGAAGGGCGAGUUCCGCGAGCAGCGGCCACCACGGCGGGAGGAAGAAGGCAGCAGCGGGAGCGCGGGAAACGGGCUCAGCGCCCCCGCGGGCCUGGCGGCGCCGGACCUCGGCGACUUCCCGCCGGCCGGCCGCGGGGACCCGAAGGGCCGUCGGAGAGAGCCGGCCGGCGAGGCGGCGGACUCCCGCAAGAAGAAGGGCGCUGCUGAACCGCACAGGAGGAAGAAGGCCGAGGCGGCGGCCAUCGCGACCCCCGCCCGGGCCGGCGAGGCAGAGGAUGUGCGCGAGCGGCCGCUCGCUGACGAGCAGGCGGCAGCGGCGGCGGCGGCGGCGGCCCCUGCGGCCGGCGCGGGCAAGGGGCGCUUCCUCGUGCGCAUCUGUUUCCAGGGCGACGAGGGCGCCUGCCCGACCCGGGACUUCGUGGUGGGCGCGCUCAUCCUGCGCUCCAUCGGCAUGGACCCGAGCGACAUCUACGCGGUCAUCCAGAUCCCGGGCAGCCGUGAGUUCGACGUGAGCUUCCGCUCGGCGGAGAAGCUGGCUCUGUUCCUCCGCGUCUACGAGGAGAAGCGCGAGCAGGAGGACUGCUGGGAGAACUUUGUAGUGCUGGGGCGGAGCAAGUCCAGCUUGAAGACGCUCUUCAUUCUCUUCCGGAACGAAACAGUGGACGUGGAGGACAUCGUCACCUGGCUCAAGCGCCACUGCGACGUGCUGGCCGUGCCCGUGAAAGUGACCGAUAGGUUUGGGAUCUGGACCGGGGAGUACAAGUGCGAAAUCGAGCUGCGCCAGGGGGAGGGUGGGGUCAGGCACCUGCCAGGAGCUUUCUUCCUGGGGGCUGAGAGGGGCUACAGCUGGUACAAGGGGCAGCCCAAGACGUGCUUUAAAUGUGGUUCCCGGACCCACAUGAGCGGCAGCUGCACACAGGACAGGUGUUUCAGGUGCGGAGAAGAGGGGCACCUGAGCCCCUACUGCAGGAAAGGCAUCGUGUGCAACCUCUGUGGCAAGCGAGGGCACGCCUUUGCCCAGUGCCCCAAAGCAGUGCACAAUUCCGUGGCAGCUCAGCUCACUGGUGUGGCUGGGCACUGAACGCCCCGCCUGCCUGCCAGGGUGGACACACAGCCAGCUUACCCCUCUUAAGUGCCAAAACCUUUUUUUAAACCAUUUUUUAUCGUUUUUGAAGGAGCUCUUUUAAAAACCAACCAGAGACUUCUCUCUAUGCCUUCUUAAACCGAGUUUAUACCAUUUCAGCUUGUUCUGAAUUGGUGAUUGUCACCAGUAAUGAUUACCCAGAACUGUAUUGUGCAGAUGCUGCUCCUCCCUUUAUAAAAUUUUAUUUUGAUUUUUGUAUUCGGGUUUUUUUUUUUCUUGUACUUUUUACUACCCCUCUUCCCACACUCUGUCUUCUCCCUCGAAUCUCAUCUGGGCUGCCUUGCUCACCUUUACGCCCAGCUCAGGGUAUGGGGCCCAGCACAGGGUAGGCACUCUCCAUCAGUGUUUGCUGGAUAGAAAACAAUCUCGACUGCGGCUGCUGUCACAGUGUCUACCUUUGCAGCUCCUUCCCAUCCCCUUUUAACUUGCUGCUUCUAAUCUUUGUGGUCUGAGAAUUUGUGAACCCAGUGUUGUUAGAAGUGUUUAUAAUCUGAACGAAUAAGCUCUCAAUGGUGGCCAAGGGCCUCUCUUAUGGCAUAAAAAUACCUGGACUUUGUGACAGCUCUUCUGGUGGCUUAGAAGCCAUUUUUCAGAGAAUCAUGGAACUGGAAAUUUUUUCUUGUCAGAAAGGACCUGAGAGUUGGUUUAAGCCAAUCUUUUGGUUUUCCUGAGGAGGAAACAGACCCAGAAUGGUUAAGUGACUGGGUCAAAGUCAUACAACUGUCUGGUGCCAGAGCUAGCCCAUAGUAGAGCCCCCUGACCCCAAACCCGGUGCUCUUCCCACUACCUCUCACACUUCACAACAAUUUCCUCCACACUUGAGGGCCCAGGAAGUCUGAUCUCUCCACAGUGAUGAAGCUAGAGCAAGGAGGAGAAGUCAUCUGGGGGAGGAAGCAGAAAGAGGCUCACCAGGGCUUCCUGAAUACGGUACUUUGGAGACAGGGAACAAACUCCAGGAUGCGUUCAUUGCUCCCUGGAUUACCCCACCUAACAUAAGUGUACCAGGUCCUUUGGAGGCCUUCCCCUUCCCCAUUCAUUGCCACCAGUGAGAAAUGGCGGUGCCCCUGAGUAAAGAAACCUACAAGGGUUUACAUGUGCACCUUAGCCUCAGUAGCUAACCUGAGAAGCAGCUAGCUGGAGCUCAUCUGCAGCCUUUUGACUCAGGAGAAUGGUGGUUUUAACCCAGGAUUCAGUUGUUGACUCUAAAGUGUACUUGGGAAUAGACCAAGCAAGAGGGCAUGGGUCCACUAAGUAUUAUCAAGUUAAAGUAGAAAAGACAGUACACUUCUUUUAGUUUUUGUCUUUCCUUUGCUAUAUGUUUUGCUAUUUCCUUGUGGCUUAGAAUGUAAAAUGAAUUGUUAAAAGUUUUGUUCUGAAUAAAUAUUUAUCUUUUGUAUUGCUAA